GUUUUCAGAUUGCGCUAAAAGGGCUAAGCUUAAGCUAACCUUGGCUUUGUUACGGUCGUGCUUGAAGAGAAGGUUGUACGGGUGAAGAGAAAGAAACAACAAUUCUUCGAAAAUGGCAAGUGAUAUUAGAAAGAACGGAGAACAUAAUCAUCAGAUUCCCAAGAAAGUUACUGUGGUUUUAGGAGCACAGUGGGGUGAUGAAGGAAAAGGAAAGGUUGUAGAUGUGCUUGCGGCCCAUGCUGAUCUUGUAUGCCGUUGUCAGGGAGGUAACAAUGCAGGUCACACGGUGGUGGUGGAGACUAAAGAGUACGACUUCCAUCUGCUGCCGAGCGGCAUCAUCAAUCCCAAGUGUAAAUCUGUAAUCGGAAAUGGGGUAGUUAUCCACCUCCCGGGGCUGUUUGAUGAGCUCCACAAGAACGAAGACAAGGGUCUCAAGGAUUGGCAAAACCGCCUUCUUAUAUCUGACCGAGCACACAUUGUCUUUGAUUUCCAUCAGCAAGUGGAUGGUCUGCAAGAACAGGAGAAGGGACCACAGCCUCUGGGUACGACCAAGAAGGGAAUCGGCCCAGCGUACUCAUCAAAAGCCACUAGAAAUGGGCUGAGAAUCGCAGAUCUGCUCGGAGACUUUGAGACAUUCUCAAAGAAGUACGAGAGCUUGGUGAAUACGUAUCAACGGAUGUUUCCUUCCCUAGAGGUGGAUGUGGGAGCAGAGCUGCAGAGGUACCGCAAGUAUGCAGAAGACAUUCGGCCAUUGGUGGUGGAGACCGUCAGUUACCUGCACUCGGCACUGCGGGAGGGCAAGCAUGUUCUGGUCGAGGGUGCUAAUGCUGCCAUGCUUGACAUCGACUUCGGAACAUACCCGUACGUGACUUCGUCCAACUGCAGUAUAGGUGGUGUGUGUACAGGCCUGGGACUUCCUCCCUCCACGAUAGGAGAGGUAGUGGGGGUGGUUAAGGCAUAUACGACCAGAGUGGGAGAUGGGCCGUUUCCUACAGAACUAAAAGAUGAAGUAGGCGACUUGCUGCAGACAAAAGGUGCUGAGAUCGGUGUAACGACUAAGCGUAAGCGCAGAUGUGGUUGGCUGGACAUAACUCUGCUACAGUACACUGCCAUGGUCAACGGAUACACCAAGAUUUGUAUAACAAAACUGGACAUCUUGGAUACUCUGCCUGAGGUCAAAAUGUGUGUAGCCUACAAGAAGAAUGGUCAGUUACUCGACUACUUCCCUUCAAGUGCCGCGGAACUGAGUUUAGUCGAGCCGCAAUACCUGGUGCUGCCAGGCUGGCAGAGCAGUAUCGAGGGAGUCAGAGAGUAUAGUGAUCUGCCUGCCCAAGCCAAGACGUAUGUUGAGAAGAUUCAGGAGCUAGUACAAGUACCUGUGAGGUGGAUCGGUGUGGGCAAGGGUAGAGAAUCCAUUAUCAACGUUGAAUAACGUCCACUUCAACAACUAAUUGUUGAUCAUCUUCUCGGGCGAGCACAAAUGUAUAGAGCGAGUAGAUGGUGCUGUUGAAUAUUUUGCUAUUAAUCAAGUGUGCUUGCACUUAUCUUUUUUAGGAGUGUUAUCGGUCUCGUUUAAAUUUGAUUGAUGAGUCAAAGAUUAUUUGGCUGUGUUGAUUCCAAAUGUUCCUCGUUUACAAAGUUCUUUCAAUGGAUUUGUAAGCGAAAAUGAUCAAAAAUAACAAAACAAAUCAGUUAGUUUAGAUCUCUUUUGUUUUAGUGAUUAAAUUAUUGGAAUUAAAGUAACAUAAUAGAAUACCAAAUGUAUUUCAGUGCUGUGGGGGUAGAUAGCUCAGGGAAUGAUUGCGAUAUACAGAUCGUACUUUGUAGAUUUUAAUCUUUAUUGUAGAAGUAUUAUUUUGUUAGGUCUAUCUCAUACUACGUGAAACAAAUUUUAUGUGUCUUAAUAUACUAUAGUUGGUCUACUACUUUAUUAUUCAGGUUUUCAAAAUAAUUUGAUUUUAAAUAUUUCUGGCAAAUCAGUUUUGAAUCUGAUGUACAGCUGUAUGUGUUUUUCAUAUAUUUUCUUAUAUUUAUUCAGAAGCAGAAUAUGUGCCUAUAUUAAUUGUAAUUUAAUCUUCUGAUUAACCAAAUCCAAGAGUGGUUUUGUAAUGUAAUUUUUCAGUGGACAGAAAGAGGUCUUUUUAUUUAUAAAUACUUUUAUUUAUUUAUACUGGAAGGAAUAACAUGUUAUUAAUUAAACUGCCAUUGCAUCAUUACAUCCUUUGUAGACAAUUUAUAUUUUUAAUUGAAUGCCAAAUUUUAGUAAUAUCUGUUUUGUUAUAACAAUUUUGAUUGUUUAUCAUAUUAAUUUGAACGUACAGAUUAUCUGUAAACCUAAUAGUAUGCUGUAAAUUUGUUGUAUUUUGUUGGUUAAAUACAGGUACUGUUAAUUUUCUAUGACUGUAACAGUUUAAAUAUUUUGUGGUAGUGUCAUCGAAAAAUAACGACUGAGUGGAUUGGCUGACAUUUUUGGGUUUAAACUGUUUGAAGUACUGAGUGUAAGUGCCUAAAUAUAGUAAAAUCUGAAUAUAUUGUUGUUUUUAAAUGAAAUUAAGUACUUAAAAAAGAAAUUGUUGAGGUGAGAAAUUCAAGUGUUUUUAUUGUAAUCUUCAUCUUUCAAUUACUUUAAAAAUUGAAAAGUUGUGUUUUUUAAGUGGUGUAAUAGAGGAAAACUGAUUAUUGGAGUACAAUUUUGUUCCUAGUUCCUACAUUUUAUUUAUUUUACCAGUAUAAGUCGAAUUUAUCGUUACCAUGUAUAUUUUUCUUUAUUUUUACUAUCAAUCACGUGUGAUGCAGGUUUAUGUCCAGUAAACAUUUCCAUUGUAUGUGUAUUUUAUAAAUUACAAUCAUAAUUUUGCUUUAUUGUGCGGCAUUAUGCAAUUAGUUUAUAUGAAAAAUUGUUCAGUUUAGACUCUUUCCAAAUAUUUGACAGUGUAACGGUAUAUUAUUUCUACUUUUUUAACAGUGAGUAGAAUCCAUUUUAAAAUAUUUUUUGUUUUGGCAAAGGAAGAAAAGAAAUAAAAAUAUUGAUCAGGAAUAAAUAUAUUAACUGACUUAUCAAGGAACCUAAAACAUCUACAAUGCCAAGAUUUCAUUAAAAAGUCUCUCUAGUAGGAAACUUAAUUGUUGUACUUAUCUCUUUUUUUGUAUAAUUUGAGUCCUGUCAUUUUUCUAACGAAGAGACAUUUGUAAUUUUCUUAAACUUCUUGCGAAUAAAUAGGUGCUUAUUUAUAUAAUAUGUUAAAUGUGCUUUAUUCGUAUUAAAAAAUAACUACUUCUUCCUUCUUUUUACCUUCCUUAAAACUUAAUAUUUUUCUUAUCAUUAUUGCAAAGUAAAUUUGUUUCAAAUUUACUAGAAACUCGGUAACUCUUAGAAACCAUUUUAAUGUUAGUGCUUGAUGUAAUACUUCAUUGCACUAUGGUAAUGGUAAUGUCAUCUGCGGUAUACAAAAUAUUAAUAUUAUUUAUUUAUAAUAAAAAGAAGAAUUGUUAAUAAUGUAGAAAUGUAUAAGUUUUACAAAAUGUGUUAUUUUUAGGUAAAAUUUAUGCUAGACUAACAGAUAAACUAUAUUUCACUAGAUAACGCACAAUCACUAGUUCUUAUAUUUUAUAUGAAUGACUAAAAAUGAGAUUGUCCAUAAAGUAAUUGUUUUGCUUUGAAAAUAUACCAUUUACAAGUUAAUUUCAAAAAAAUAUGUUUGAAAAAUAACAUAACAUUUUUAAUCUUUACAGUUAUUACUUAUUUAUUUUGUUUUAUUUUAUGUUAAAUGUAUUUUACAGUUUUUAAAUAUUGAAAAUAUAUUAAAUCAAACUUCAGUAGUCAAAUUAAAAUUGGAUACAAUAUUAAUAAGUAAAAAUAAAAGAGUAAAAAUGUUGAUAAUUUAAACAAAGAUGAUAUCAUUAUUGGGUUUUAAAAAUAUUAGCCUACUUAUUAUUGCACAGACUUUUUUCAUUCACAGUAUUUUAUUUAAUUAUUAAAGGAAAUUCAGAAGUUCCCUUGGGAAUUUCUUUUUAACUUGUUUGGAUACAGGUCUAAUGUGGUUUGUCAUUCUGUUAUUGGACAUUACCUAUAGGUUAUCAUUAUGUUACACACUGAAUUUAAUAUACAAGGUGUGUUUUUCGGUAGGUACCAUUUUGAUAUGUGUAGAAAAAUAAACUUAUUGUAACAAUUUUAUUUUUACACAUAAUGUAGCUAUUAUGGGAAGGAUUGAUUCAAUGUGAAUAUUGAGUUAUUUUAUUUUUAUUUGAGUCUACCCCAUAUUUGAUCUACAUUAAUACACAACUAGUAAUUAUGUACGGCUUUGUAGCAAUUUCGUGGGCUUUACAAGUGUAUGAGCACUUCUGGUUCGAGUGAAUUAUAUUUUCAAUGCCAAUGUUGUGUUUACCUUGCUGCUGAAAAUUUUCAAAAAGUGUAUAUUUAUGGACAUUGUAAUUUAUUACGGUCUUAGUACUUUUGUGUCACAGUUAAUUUUGUCUCAUUUUGCUGAUCAAGGAAAUAAAUAUACUUACACAGGUCUGAGAAGCCUACUUCUGUCAAAAGACAAUUAAGAUGGGUUUUAUAACAGUCUUUAAAUUUAUAGUAAAUUUUAGAUAGUAACUUUGUCUUUUAUAUCUAUAUUACAGUACUGAACAAGCACUGUAUACUUAAUAUUUUCUAAAAUGUAUAGUUAAAAUUACAUUUUUACUAAAACUUUUAAUUUUCUUAUCAGGAUAUUUUCUUACUCUGUGCUUAACAGUAAUCGCAGAAAAGGUAGAAAAAGAAGUGAUUUUACUAUCAAGCUUACUAGUGUGCUUUCAGGAAUAAAAACGAAAACAGUUGAAAAUAGUGGUUAAAUUAAUUAAACAUAUGGUUGUGGUCCAGUCCGUUUCUCAUGCUUUUGAGCAUUCGUUGUAUGUACACUUCACAAUUAGGAUGGUGAAUAUCUACUGCUUUUAUGCUUUUAGCAGUAAGAGAACAAAUAAUGCAUAUUUCACAGUCAGGAGGAUUCUCAACUGAUUGAUGCAUUUAAAUAUCCAUAAAUAGAUGUAAAGAUUAUUGAGUUUUUGCUGAAAUUGCGUCAGAGGCUUGCUCAACAGAUGAAGGUAGGUAGACCGUAUGCAUGCGUGGGACAUCAACCACAACGCUCUAGGGGUGGAAUUUCAAAAUGUUACUUAAAAACACGCCUUGUAUGAUAAGGGUUGUAUUAAUACCUAAUCCUCCUAUUGGCACUUGUUGAAAAUUUAAUUUUUUAUUGUGCUAAUGUGUGUGAAUAAACACGAUUGUCGAACACUGAAUAUGCUGUGAUGUCAGUUUCACCAUUACCUUUUCACGUUUAGGUUUAUAACUUCAAUGUCAUUUUGAAUAUAAAACCAGUUAUUUGUAUGUAUUUUUUUAAACUGAUUUUUUAUACAUAAAUGAGGGUAGCACAAUUGUUUAGAACUAUCAUUACAGCAUUAUUCUUAAUUUCAUUCUGAGUAAAAUUAUGUACAUUUCUGUAAAAAAAAUUGUUUAGCCAAGUUUAAGCAUAGUUUCUUGCUAAAGAACUAAGUCACAGCCAAUAGGAAGAUUAAGGUUGUGGGAUUCUCACAACAAUGUCCUAUCAAUCAGUUAUUAGCAAUGCCACAAACAUACAUCUUAUAAUUAUUUCUAAUUUAAUUUUAAAUGGAAAACGUUUAGUUCUAUGAUUAAAAAUUAGAAAUGUGAGAAAAUUUUGGAAAAAUAAUAUCUGAUAAAAUAAAAUUGUAUAGAAUUAUGGGCAUGAAAUCUUUAUAUUUUACAAUUUGUCUGACAUUAAUUAGAUAUAUGAAAGUUAAUCAUUUUAAUUCAAAACAAUUAUAUAUUUAUGAUAAAUAUUUCAAAUACUUCUGUUUGAUAUUUAUAAUUAUGUUACUUUUUAAACCCUUCAAUUUUCUACUCCAAAAUAGUUAAAAGAAUAAUUUUGUCUGAAUGGCUGUGCAUUUUCUUAAAGUAAUGAAACACGAGCUUAACCAUUCUAAAAUUUUGUUAUCUGCACAAUUUCAAAACUAUACCCGGUGUUGAUACAUUACCUUGUUUAGUUAAUACAACAUCGGCACGAUAUAGGAAAUCAAUCUCCUAAUGGAAAUUUCACUGAUACUAGUUGGUUAGAAACAAGCUGCAAUAAAUUAUAAACCCGUUUCUGCCAUCACAAAUCUGUUUUACCAUUAAAAAUCAAACUGUUGUCUAGAAAAAACAAAUUACUUGAAGUUACAAAACCAUAUUACCACAAAGCAGAAUAAAAAUGUGGUAAUGCAAGAUAAAUUACCAGUUCAAGAUAAAGACAAGCAUCUGUUUGAAAUUAAUUAAUCUUGUUAGAGUUAUUUACUAAUACUUAAGACUAAUACCAAAAUUGUAAAUUCUGUGAAAUAAAAUGGUUUUGAUUGGUAAUUAA